AUGUCCAUGCUGAGGAGAGAGGAGAUCUCGGCAGGGCUGGUGCCUGGGGAGGUGUCCCAGGGAUGGGGGGUCCUGGGUCAUGGGUUGGUCUAUGACAGGGAGACGGGGAAGCCCAAGGGCUAUGGCUUCUGCGAGUACCAGGACCAGGAGACGGCGCUCAGCGCCAUGCGGAACCUCAACGGACGCGAGUUCAGCGGCCGGGCGCUGCGCGUGGACAACGCGGCCAGCGAGAAGAACAAGGAGGAGCUGAAGAGCUUGGGCACAGGCGCUCCCAUCAUAGAGUCGCCCUAUGGGGACCCCGUCAAUCCUGAGGAUGCCCCUGAGUCCAUCAGCCGCGCAGUUGCCAGCCUGCCUCCCGAGCAGAUGUUUGAGCUGAUGAAGCAGAUGAAGUUGUGUGUGCAGAACAGCCCCCAGGAAGCCAGGAACAUGCUGCUGCAGAACCCGCAGCUGGCGUAUGCCCUGCUGCAGGCUCAGGUGGUCAUGAGGAUCGUCGAUCCAGAGAUCGCACUGAAAAUCCUGCACCGCCAGACCAGUGUCCCUCCUCUGAUCCCAGGCAACCAGCAGGCAGUGCCAGGACCAGGGCCUGGGCCAGGCCCAGGGCCAGGCCCGAACGCCCCACUGAACCCGGGGAGCGCGCCGGCGUCACAGCCACAGCCCAUGGGGAAGACAGCGAUGAAGCCAGGCCGGCAGCAGGCGGUGUCUUUUUGGAUAGGUGUCCCGGGGGAGCCAGGGAGCAGAGCUGGUUGCUGUUCCCAGAGCUGGCUGCGUGUGUGCAUACACUAUUUACGUGUCUGCUCUUCUCCCUCUCUUCCUGCUGCUUGCCCAGGGAACCUGCAGCUCUCGCCCGUGGGACCUGCCAGGCCUGCGUCUAUCGAGCGCGUCCAAGUGCCCAUGCCAGACCCGAGGGCCCCAAUGCAGCGUGGACCUCUACCCGCUAGUGGCCCUCCACCCCGCGGCCUUUUGGGAGAUGCCCCGAAUGACCCUCGUGGAGGGACCCUGCUCUCAGUCACUGGAGAAGUGGAGCCCAGAGGCUACCUUGGGCCGCCCCACCAAGGAGCCCCUAUGCACCAUAUGCCAGGCCACGACAGCCGUGGCCCCCCCCAUGAGAUGAGGGGGGGACCCAUGGGAGAACCCCGACCACUGAUGGGAGAGCCGCGGGGGCCCCUGAUGGACGCUCGAGUUGGAAGAGAUCCACGGGGGCUGGAGCCCAGGGGCCUGGAGCCACGCGUGCUGGAGCCACGCAUGCUGGAAGCGAGGGCCAUGGAGGCCAGGGUCAUGGAGCCCCGCGGCCUGGAGCCCCGCGGGCCUGGUCCUAACCCGCGUGGCCCAAUGCCUGGUGGCAUUCAGGGUCCUGGACCGCUUAGUAUGGGAGGCAGUGGCCCGCAAGGGCCUCGCCAGGGUCCUAACGUGGCAGGGGCGGGCAUUAUUCCUGGGGCAGGGGAGCAAGGAGCUGCUCAGCCUGGGGGCUUCAGCCCUGGGCAGAGCCAGGUCACGCCACAGGAUCAUGAGAAGGCAGCCCUGAUUAUGCAGGUGCUGCAGCUGACCGCAGACCAGAUCGCCAUGCUGCCCCCGGAGCAACGGCAAAGUAUCCUGAUUCUAAAGGAGCAAAUCCAGAAAUCCACAGGAGCACCGUGAUAGGU